AUGAGUACUCCUCCUUCUUCGCAUGAUGAUGUAGGCCAUCAAGACCUCGAAGCCAGUAAAGCUAUUGUCACUAUCAACGAACAGGAAAAGCACCAGUACGGCACUUCAACUCCCGCAGACGAAUAUAUCCGAGCACGAGGACUUCAAUCCACGUUUGCACCACUCCGGGCGCUCAACCAAGGCGAACAAUGGCUUGAUCGCAAACUGGGCAUUGAGACUCAAGGCAUCGAUCGCAUUCCUGAGCACAAGAAACAGCCACCUUCUAUCUUGAAUAUAUUCUUGUUGUGGUGGGGAGCCACCUGCCACGUUGGAACUGUGCCAAUCGGUGCUCUCGGACCUCUCUUCGGGCUACCGCUAGGUCCUAAGCUUGGUCUGCGUGCAAUUGCAACAUCGCGUUAUUCUUUCGGCUUCUACGGCGCAAAGCUUUGUGCAUGUCUGAGCAUCAUCGUGGCUGGUGGCUUUGGAGUUGUCAACAUUGUGAUCACAGGACAACUUCUCUCCGCUGUGUCAGACUACAAGAUGACAGUGUCAGUCGGCUGCAUCAUCGUUACUCUUAUCUCGUACUUGGUCUGUAUCUUCGGCUUCCGAUGGGUUCACACAUUCUUGAAGUAUUGUUGGAUCAUCAGCUUCAUCUUGCUGCUCGUACUUGUCGGCCAAGCUGCACCUCAUGCAGGUGCCUCACUUCCUGGAUUUUCGACUGGUGUGGCACAUGCUGGGAGCUGGCUAAGCAUCUUCUCGAUCGCAAUCUCUUCCACAGCAGGUUGGGCUAGCUUCGCCGCUGACUACUACUGCAACUAUCCAGCGAAUACUUCGACUUGGAAAGUCUUCCUUCUGACUCAGUUCGGAGCAGCUCUUCCAAUCAUGUUUGCGACGAUUGUCGGCGCUGUAAUUGCGAACGCAGCGCUGCUCGGGCAGGUUGAGCCAUGGUACACGACGUACGGCACUUAUGGACUAGGUGGUCUGAUUCGGGAGACGUAUAGUCCUCUGGGCUGGAGCAAAUUUUGCUUGGUCAUGUUGACAUUCUCGGUCUUGGGAAACAACGUCGUUAUCUUCUAUUCCUCCGGUCUGGCACUGCAGUUCCUUGGCGACUACUUCCAUGCUGUGCCUCGCUUUAUCUGGUCCUUCUUGGCUGCAGUCGCCCUGGCUGCACUCUCGAUCGCAGGCAAAGAGCACCUUUCAGCCAUCAUUAGCAACUUUGUUUCGAUGCUCGGUUAUUGGGCUGUUGCUUUUACCAUCAUUCUUCUCCUGGAAGACAGAUACUUCCGUCGAAAGACAGGUUACAACCUGGAGGCGUGGGAUACACCUUCAAAGCUGCCUUGGGGUCUCGCGGCACUGUUCACAUUAUGUACCGGCUAUCUGUGUGGUGGACUCAUGGGCAUGUCGCAGGUGUGGUAUAUGGGUCCAAUCGCGAGGAAAUUCGGACCAUAUGGUGGGGACGUUGGUUUCUUUCUGACUGCUGCCAUUACUCUGAUUGUGUACCCCGUGGCAAGGCAUGCCGAGCUUAAAUUUACUGGGCGAUAG